CACCACGAAGAAGCUUCACGAACCAACAACACCCGCCGACCUGGAAGAAGCCCGAGGACGAGGAGGGUGAGGAGCAAUCCAGCAGCAGCGCACUGCUUGAUUGACUGAUUGAUUGAUUGUGUCAACUCUGUCCUCCUCUUGCCCACCUUCCCUCGAUUCUUCUGGAGCUUGAGGAGCGCGCUCCUGCGUCGGAGGCUGCGGCGCUCAAUUGGGUUCCCAUCCAAUCGUCCACUGCCUUUUUCCUUUUUCAUCACACGCGCUCGCUGAGUUUCUUUACAAUCCGUUUUGGGUGCCCCGUUUCCCAUUUUGCGGCCCGUCUUUGUAAGUCUUGAAGAGGAUUUUCGUUUUUGCCUCAUUAGCUCCUCUGAACCCAUAUUUUGAAAAUUAGGUUUCUGCCUCAUAGAAGUUCUUCGUCCUGCAUGUAUCAACCCUUGAUCGCACCGUGGUGCGGUGUUUCCGGCAUAUUGCGCUCUUGGUGUUAUCAAAUUUGGGAUUGCUCCGUGACAAGUUGAAGGAGGGGGCAAGAUUCGGCAGUUUUGUUCUUGUGAGGAACGCGCUUUCCUUUGUUCAAAGUUAUUAACAGAGUGAAUCUUAUAUGAGCCUUGGACAAAACCGAGCAUAUAUUUCCGCUUACGACAAUGGAUUUCGAACUGCGAGCUGCGAAAGCAAAAUGGGAGAAAGAGCAGAAGGAGAAGAAGGAGAAGGCGAGGAAGCGGUUGGAGCAAGAAAGAAAGGCCAGAGAAGAAGCUGCCAAGCGGCAGGAAGCUAUCGAAGCUGCGCAACGCAUCCGCCGAAUAGAAGAAACGGCUGCAGCUAUCGCUGCAUCAGCGCAAGAGCUGGAGGAUUUGGAAGCUGGCGAUGGGAUUAUUUUCAACCGGGUAUUUAAGGCUUUGCUUGUCGCAGGCAAAGGUGACAAAAUUCGGCUUCCCGCCUCAUCUUUUGAACAGCUCUCUUCCCAAAGUGCAAUUGACAAAGGUCCCAUGUUUUUUGAAGUGUCUGCUGUGCAUCAUGGGAGUCGUCCAAGUACAUCAAGCUCCGCUGCAUCCCAUCUGGAACAGCACGAAAUCAACGGGGAAAGUUCAAAACCAAGGUCAACUCAUGCUGGUGUUCUAGAGUUCACUGCCGAAGAGGGGGUUGUUGAGCUUCCUCCCCACGUUUGGCACAAUGCUGGAUUUUCGGACCCAGAGUAUCUAUCGAAAAACAUUCAUAGGGGUAUACCUGAGGCUAGAGUACGCUAUGUUAGGCUUCCAAAAGGCACAUAUGCAAAGCUGCAGCCAGAAGGGGGUGACUUUGCUGACGUAUUUAAUCAUAAGGCAGUCUUGGAGACAGAGCUUAGGCAGCAUGCAUCGUUGACAGAAGGUGACUUGCUCACAGUCCACCAUGGGGGGGUUGAUUAUGGUUUGCGAGUUCUGGAACUCAAACCUCGGACCAAUGUUUCUGUACUGGAAACAGAUCUGGAGGUUGAUGUAGUAGGACCUGGUGAAACAACAUCAAGUCCUCAGAGCAGAUUGUCCCCUCUCACUUUGGGUAAGGCGGAGUCUGGGCUGGUAGAGGAAGGUAAAUACACCUACUACCGCUUCACCAUCGAUCCGCAAACCGAGAAAGGUAUAGAGGCAAGAACCUUGGAUAUCUUGGUGCAUUUAGAAGUUGAGACCAAGGGAGGUAGUGACGCUGAUGCGGACCUGUAUGUCGCUGCGCAUCCUCUCCUUUACCCAACCAAACAUCAACAUCAAUGGUCAUCCCAUGACGUGGGGUCGAAGGUUAUAUGCAUGACUGCCUCACCGAGUACAGGAGAGUCUACAAAGGUAGUGGGUGCUGGUGGAUAUAGUAUUGGCGUUUUUGGCUUUCAAGGAAACACGAGGUUCAGGUUGUGGGUUGAAGCGAGAGCUGCUGAAGCUAGGGUCAGCCAUGGACAGAGGUUGGGUGCAAAUGCAGGAGACAAAGAGGCUUCUAGUAGCGCAUCUCAGCUUACGCAAUCUGAUGAUGGAUUUAGCCUUUGUCAGAACUGUAAGCAGUUGGUACCUGGAAGGACUCUCAUGCUUCAUGAAGCUUACUGUAGACGUCAUAAUUUUGCGUGUCAACAUCCAGGCUGCGGCGUGGUGUUACGCAAAGGAGACAAGGACAAGCACGUACAUUGCUCGAAGUGUGGGCUAGGAUUGACUUCAGAGGAAUUGGCCAAGCAUAUGAAAGUCUUUCAUGAGCGUCUCAAGUGUGAAUGCGGAGUAGAGCUUGAGAUGGAAGCUAUGGUUGAGCAUCGUGCUUCUUCUUGUCCGAAGCGACUAGUGAGCUGCCGUUUCUGUGGAGAUAUGGUUCAAGCUGGUGCUCCCGCUGACAAUGUCCGUGACAGACUGAGAGAUCUCACCCAACAUGAAAGUGAAUGCGGUGCCCGAACGGCAGACUGUGAUGCGUGUGGGCGCGCUAUUAUGUUGAAAGAGAUGGACAUUCACAUAGCUGCAGCCCACAGUGGAGGUCAGUCUAUGCACAGAGGUGAUUCUUUGUUUACGGGGUCUGCAACGCCUGCAGCAACUUUGCCUGCAAAUGAACCACUGGGGGCUCGAUCUGGUGCUGUUACGAAUCAGCCAGGAGCAAACAGGGUGACAGACAGUUCCAUCAGCAUCCAAGUUGAGUGCCCCAUUUGUUCAACCAAAUUCGGAGGAGCUGAUCGCGAGCAACAACUCAAUUCGCAUUUGGAUGACGAACACUUCAAAACGCAGCUUCCAACUCCGAUGGAUCUUGAUGGUUUGUUUUCUCCUGCACCAACCACGUCUGUGCCAGAGAAUUCACUCCGAAGUCUGACCGUAUCGUGCCCGAUUUGUGGCAUGGCUGUGCACAGUGAGAGAGAUCUCAGCCAGCACAUUGACUUGGUCCAUUAGGAGUCAAUGACCGCACAGUAGUCUUUAUCAAGCAAUGCAGUAAAUAGUGAGGUGUUAGGUGAGCAGUACACAUUGUUUCCUUAGUCCACUAAGACUAACAAGCUUCAAUUGACGAAAUGUUCAAUGUUCAUAAUAUUUUUUGUACAUGAAACUUUGUUGUCUGCCUUCUUCUAAAGUUCGUCGAAGGCCUCAAUUUGUUACGUA